AUGACUGUCCCCAUGAAGGAGGAGGAGGCAUACCUGGAGCUCUACCUGGACCAGUGUACUGCCCAGGAUGACCUCAACCCACUGGGGUCACCCCUGCUCAACCCUUACGACGUGUACAUACCGAACCCAUUCAACCCAGAGACUGUAUUUACUUCACAUCUUGAAGUUCAACGAACACCAGGCGAAUUUUCUCCUGUGGAUUUUAGCUUCCUACCAGAUGAACUGGAAAAUAAAGACCAGACUGUCACUAGAAGUGAGAGUGAACUUGAAGAAAAUUGUAAAUCUCAAAGUCAUCCAAGUGGGGAGUCCUUAUCCAGUGAACAGGAUGUCAGUUUGGGCUUAAAUAGUAACAAUCUGUCAAAUUCCCUUACACAACUGCACCAGGGUCACACCAACUCAAUGGAAGUCUCUCCUGAGAAACCAAACACUUUGCCUCUGACAUCCAUAACUCCCAUGACACCAGUGACCCCUGUUUCAGAAUGUUCUGGAAUUGUGCCUCAACUACAGAAUAUAGUUUCUACUGUAAACCUGGCCUGUAAAUUGGAUCUGAAGAAAAUAGCAUUGCAUGCAAAAAAUGCAGAAUAUAACCCGAAGAGGUUUGCUGCUGUCAUAAUGAGGAUCCGAGAGCCCAGGACAACUGCCCUCAUAUUCAGCUCUGGGAAAAUGGUCUGUACAGGAGCUAAAAGUGAAGAACAGUCUCGACUUGCAGCAAGAAAGUAUGCCCGGGUGGUGCAGAAACUUGGCUUCCCUGCCAGAUUCCUCGAUUUUAAAAUCCAGAACAUGGUUGCGAGCUGUGAUGUGAGGUUUUCAAUCAGGCUGGAAGGUUUGGUGUUAACCCAUCAGCAGUUCUGCAGUUAUGAACCUGAACUGUUUCCUGGUCUUAUUUAUAGAAUGGUAAAACCAAGAAUUGUGUUGCUUAUCUUUGUAUCUGGAAAAGUUGUGUUGACAGGUGCCAAAGAACGCUCUGAGAUUUAUGAGGCAUUUGAAAACAUCUAUCCUAUACUAAGAGGUUUUAAAAAGGCCUAAGUCUGUUAUCAACUCACGGAAUAUUGUUUUGAGUAUGUGUGCAAAAGUAGCACAGAGAAUGCUGGGGUUUUCUACCUCUGUAGAUGUUCC